AGAGUUUGACCAGGGCCAGAGUUGGUGCUGGGGGGUCGCCUAUAGCUUGGUAAUUUCCUGGGGGGGUCAUAGUUGCAUUUUUUUUAAUCUCAGCUGAUUUUCCUUUUUUUUUUAAAUUUCUAUUUAAUUUUCUUUUUUUUAUUAUUUUAUCUUUUUUUUUCUACUCCUCCUCUGAAUAUCGCACACUCUAAAGAUCUGACAACACUUGGAGACUUUUUUCCUUCCAGAACAUGAACAAACUAUAUGUUGGGAAUUUAAGUCCUUCGGUCACUGUCGAGGACUUGAAGCAGCUCUUUGGGGAGAGAACGCUGCCUGUUCCCGAGCAGGUCUUACUGAAAUCCGGCUAUGCUUUUGUGGACUUCCCCGAUCAGAACUCGGCCAUAAAGGCUAUAGAGACUCUUUCUGGUAAAGCCGAGUUACACGGAAAGGUGAUAGAGGUAGACUACUCUGUUCCCAAAAAACUGAGGAGUCGGAAGAUCCAGAUCCGGAACAUUCCCCCUCAUCUACAGUGGGAGGUUUUGGACGGACUUCUAGCUCAGUAUGGUGCUGUAGAAAAUGUGGAACAAGUGAACACUGACACAGAAACAGCAGUGGUGAAUGUUACAUAUGCAACCAAGGAGGAAGCUAAAGUAGCCAUUGAGAAGUUGACAGGACACCAGUUCGACGAUUACUCCUUUAACGUGUCAUAUAUUAUGGACAUGGACGCCGCUCAGCCCGCUCAAGAGCCCCGUGUUCGGCGUGGGGGGAGAUCGUCCCGGGACCAGGGCGCCACUCAGCCUGGACCCUCAGGAGGUUUUGGGAUUCCACGUCAAAAACAACACGAACUCCCGCUGCGCAUACUCGUGCCUGCUCAGUUUGUGGGAGCCAUCAUUGGAAAGGGGGGCCUCACCAUCAAGAAUGUCACCAAACAGACACAAUCUAAGGUGGACAUUCAUCGGAAGGAAAAUGCAGGUGCGGCAGAAAAGGCCAUCACCAUUCACUCGACCCCCGAGGGCUGCUCCGCCGCCUGCCGCAUGAUCCUGGAAAUCAUGCAGAAGGAAGCCAGUGAGACCAAGACGACGGAGGAGUUCCCUCUAAAAAUCCUGGCCCACAACAGCCUGAUUGGUCGGCUGAUUGGUAAGGACGGCCGCAACCUGAAGAAAAUCGAAGAGGAGACAGGGACCAAGAUAACCAUCUCCUCGUUACAAGACUUAACCAUUUACAACCCAGAGAGGACCAUCACUAUCAGGGGCAGCCUUGAGGCGAUUUGUAAGGCCGAGGAGUUGAUCAUGAAGAAACUGAGGGAAGCCUAUGAGAACGACAUUGCUGCUUUAAAUCAACAGGCCAACCUGAUCCCAGGCUUGAACCUCAACGCUCUGGGCAUCUUCUCCUCUGGUCUGCCAGUGCUGCCCCCUGCUGCUGGACCACAUGGUGUUGUGCCCCCUGUGGCACCAGCAGGAUACAACCCAUUCUUAAGUCACUCUCCACAUCUCAGUGGCCUGUACGGGGUUCCUCCAGCAAGUGCCAUCCCCCACCAGCACUCACAACAGGCUCCAGAACAGGAGGUUGUCUACCUCUUUAUUCCAACUCAGGCAGUCGGGGCCUUGAUCGGGAAGAAGGGCCAGCACAUCAAGCAGCUCGCCCACUUUGCUGGAGCCUCCAUCAAGAUUGCCCCAGCUGAGAGCCCAGACGUUGCUGAGAGAAUGGUUAUCAUUAUUGGAACUCCAGAGGCCCAGUUUAAGGCCCAAGGUCGGAUAUUUGGGAAGCUGAAAGAGGAGAACUUCUUCUCGGCGAAGGAGGAGGUCAAGCUGGAGACGCACAUCAAGGUUCCUUCAACUGCAGCUGGCAGGGUCAUCGGUAAAGGAGGCAAGACGGUCAAUGACCUCCAAAGCCUUACGAGUGCAGAGGUCAUCGUACCACGGGACCAAACUCCAGACGAGAAUGACGAGGUCUUUGUGAAAAUCAUUGGGCAUUUCUUUGCCAGCCAGACUGCACAGAGGAAGAUCCGAGAGAUCAUACAGCAGGUCAAACAGCAGGAACAGAAACACCAGCAGGGAGCCGCCGUGUCACCGCACCACUCCAAGUGACCAGCAGGGCGGCUUCCGUGGGCGCCAGCCAAUGAAUGUAGCCCUCUCAAAUGGACAGAGACCUACCCAGACUAAGGCCAAGGCCAAGGGGGACAUGCAGGGCAGACCAGCAGCACCGGGAUCAAAACCAAAGAACUUUACUAUGGGGGAAGCAAGUGAGAGCCAAAGGCUGAGGGCAUUGUGUGCACUGCCAUCCCUGUGAGAGCAGAUAGUGGGAGAAACCGUACUGAUUUAUUAAAAUAUCACACAGAAAAAGACCAAACAAUAAAAAAAAAAAAAAAAAAAUCUACAAGAAAGAUGGAAAUGGCAGAGAAUUUGAACGGAACUGUUGUUUUCACAGUCAAAAAGGUAAACAGGAAAUAGUAUGUCGCCCUGCAUAACGUUAUCUCUUUAGGUGGACUAACAUAGGCCUAACUAACGGUUUAAGCAACUGU